GCGGCAUAUUUGAAGUCAAUUUUUUGGCGCUUAGGGCGCCCAGCUCUUUGUUAGUCUUUUCUUCCUGUGAUAACCUAUCUUCAUUACACAAUGUCAAAUGAAUUUAAUCUUAUCGUGGAGGAAAUAAAUCCUGGAUGGACAAAGAAAAGAAUAACUGAGUUAUUAAAAGAAGCUGAAAAUCGAGAGAUUUUAUAUAUGAAAUCAUGCCAAGCUGAUAUGGAAAAAGCGGUGGUCCAACUUAGAAAUGCUGCAUUAAGCUUUAUUGCCAAACUACCAACCGAAAUACUCAAUAAACCUUACUUUCAGGGCAUACAACAGUAUGAAAAUGGUGAUGGAAAAAACAUAGUUGACCAGUUAGUAUGCGAAGCAAAGAAACGCGGUCGAAUGGAAUGGGAAGACACUGUUAAAACACUAACCGGGAAGAGACCACGUCGAUUAGCCGGUGAUGAAAGAAGACAACCUGUUGCUUCUACUCCGAUUGUAAUCCCUGAAGACAAAGUACUUCCCACAAUGUCAACGGUGAUAGAUCAGACAACGGAAGUAGCAAGUACUCCUAUCAAUGAAGGGCGUAGAAUUACACGUACAAUGCUUUCCCGGAUUACUCAUAAUUCUACAACAAUGAAUCCUCCUAUAAUGACUGUUAGUAAAAGCGUCAAAUCAAAUCCUGUACGGAGGAUUUCCAGAGAAAUGAGGGAACGAUUAUUAGCGAAAUUUGAUCGUAACGAUACACAGUUAUCAGCUAGUGAACACGAGCAACUACAAAAUCUGAUCAAUUCUCUUCAAGAGUUUAAAAAUCGUUGUGAUCCUCAGUCAAGAAGGAAGUGAUGAUGAUGAUGAAUACUUUUUUACUUAUGGAAUGAAAGCUUUGGUGAAAACUUUGGUUUUCUUUUUCACCAGCUUUGUUUAUAUGUAUGUAUAUAACUUAUUACACUAUUAGGAUUAUUAAUAUAUAUAUAUUAUUUUCAUACCCCACACUAUCUCUCUUUAAUAUCUGAUACACACACACACACACUUGUACAGCACUUUUUAGACAGAAAAAAUGAUAUCUUGACAACGGAAAACAGAAAAAACAAACAGACAAACAUUUUAUUCUCUCUCUUUGUCUUUCUCUUUUUCUCUCACUCUCUCUCUCUCACACACACACACUCACUGUUGUUAUCUCUCUUCUCUAGCUGAUUUUCUUAUCAUGUCUUCUAUGUGUACAAAAGUUCGCAAAAAAUACACCAAUAAAAAUCUAUUCACAGUUUGAUGGAUUGUGUUGUAGGAAUGAAUAUGUGGACUCUGGGGUGUUUCUUCCACUUGUCCGUAAAUUAUGUUGUACUUAAUCAACUUGGUGGUCAGUGUUGAUUUGAUUUGAUUUUUUUUUAAUAAAUGUGGUGUGUACUA